ACGUGAUGGGAAGGCAGGACCAACCCAGGGGAGCCCAGCUGCGUGCAAUGUACCUGAGUGACAAGAAGGGGUGGAGCCAGGAUCCUCUCCAUCUUAGACCUCAUUUAAGAGUUGGCAAUGGGGGUGAGGGUAUUUUGCUGGUGAUCUCUGUAUUUUUGAGGCCUUUUGAAGAGGAGAAGUCUCUUCAACUGCAUGAAGAAAAAAUAUUGCAUGAGAAGAAAACUCCUUUGUUUCCCUGUCUACUGCCUACUUUCAGGUGCUGGAAGGAGAGAUGACGCCCUUGAAUAUAAACGCAGUGCUGGACUGAGAAGCAGGAGCUAUUUGUUUCUCCAGAAAACCAUCUGUACUGUCACAUCAGCUCUACUAAAUCAUCUAAAGGUGGGCUAUUCCUACAUGAUGAGGACCUGAAUACAGAGAACUUAACACUGAGAGAAGAGCAAAUCAGAAACUACGAACAUCAUCCAGAACAUGAUCAGAAGAUAGCAUCAUACAUGAUGAUCAUGGCCCCCAGGAAGAGGAAUCGUCAUGCGCUGGGAUUUCUUUGUUGCUUUGGGGGUAGUGACCUCCCUGAAAUCAAUCUCAAGGACAACAACCCUCUCCAAUUCCUUGACUUUACUGUCCCAAUACCACCAACAGAGGAGCUCAAUGCCAGGUUCUCUGAACUUGUGGAUGAAUUGGAUCUUACAGACAAGAACAGGGAGGCUAUGUUUGCACUCCCUCCAGAGAAGAAAUGGCAGAUAUACUGCAGCAAAAAGAAGGAACAAGAAGAUCCUAAUAAGCUUGCUACCAGCUGGCCAGACUACUACAUUGACCGCAUCAAUUCCAUGGCAGCAAUGCAGACUCUGUAUGCUUUUGAUGAAGAAGAAACAGAAAUGAAAAAUAAAAUAGUUGAAGACUUGAAGACAGCUCUGCGGACUCAGCCCAUGAGGUUUGUGAUGAGAUUCAUUGAGCUGGAUGGUCUGAGCUGUUUGCUGAACUUCCUGAAAAGCAUGGACUAUGAGACCUCAGAAAGCCGUAUACACACAUCCGUUAUAGGGUGUAUCAAGGCACUGAUGAACAACUCCCAAGGACGGGCUCAUGUCCUGGCUCAUCCAGAGAGUAUCAACAUCAUCUCCCAGAGCUUAAGGACUGAGAACAUCAAGACCAAGAUUGCUGUUUUGGAGAUCCUAGGGGCUGUCUGCUUGGUACCGGAUGGUCAUAAGAAAGUCUUGCAAGCCAUGCUUCACUACCAAGUCUAUGCUGCAGAGAGAACAAGAUUCCAGACACUGUUGAAUGAGCUAGACCGAAGCAUGGGGCGAUAUCGAGAUGAAGUAAAUCUCAAAACAGCUAUCAUGUCCUUUAUCAAUGCUGUUUUGAAUGCUGGUGCUGGUGAGGACAAUUUGGAGUUCCGGUUACACCUACGAUAUGAGUUUCUAAUGCUGGGAAUUCAACCUGUUAUUGACAAGCUAAGAGAGCAUGAGAAUGCAACACUUGACAGGCACUUAGAUUUCUUUGAAAUGGUCAGAAAUGAAGAUGACCUGGAACUUGCAAAGCGGUUUGACCUGAUCCACAUUGAUACAAAAAGUGCUUCUCAAAUGUUUGAACUGAUCAAGAAAAGAUUGAAGCACACAGAUGCCUAUCCCUAUUUGUUAUCCAUCCUUCAGCACUGCUUGCAGAUGCCAUAUAAGAGGAAUGGAGGAAAUUUUCAGCAGUGGCAGCUGUUGGACAGAAUACUCCAACAAAUUGUUCUUCAGGAUGAACGAGGAGAUGAUCCAGAUAUAGCUCCGCUGGAAAACUUCAAUGUCAAAAAUAUAAUAAAAAUGCUGGUGAAUGAGAAUGAAGUCAAGCAAUGGAGGGAUCAGGCAGAGAAGUUUCGGAAAGAUCAUGCUGAACUGAUGAGCAAGCUAGAGAAGAAGGAGAGGGAAUGUGAGACAAAGACACAGGAGAAAGAUGAAAUGAUGAAGACACUGAACAAAAUGAAAGACAAGCUGCAGAAAGAAUCCUUGGAGCUGCGCCAGGCCAGGGACCAGAUGAAUGACCUGGUAGCACAACUUAAUGAGUACUCGCAAGGGGGCAGCAUUUCCUUCCCAGCCCCACCACCCCCUCCUCCAGGCGGCCCACUAGCAUUGUCCUCUGCUCUCUCCUCUGCUCUCACCUCUGAGAAUUUGCCCCCGCUACCACCUCCUCUGCCUUUCUCCAGCUGUCCCCCUCCUCCUGCCCCACCACCUCCUCCAGGAGGACCUCCUCCCCCGCCAGGAGCACCGCCCUUCUUCAGCUUGGGAGUGCCACCCCCUUCAACAACCACCUUCAGCAGUGCUGGUACCAGCCUGAAGAAGAAGUCUAUCCCGCAGCCUUCACACCCACUGAAAUCCUUCAACUGGGCUAAGCUGAGUGAGGAGAGGAUCCAUGGCACAAUCUGGAAUGAGAUUGAUGAUUUAAAGGCAUUCAAGGUGUUGGAUCUAGAAGAUUUUGAAAAGAUGUUCUCAGCGUAUCAGAGACACCAGGACCUGCUAACUAACCCCUCUUCCUGUAAGCAGAAAGAGAUGGGUUCAACAGAAGACCUUUACCUCUCCACACGAAAGGUGAAAGAGCUCUCUGUGAUUGAUGGCCGGAGGGCCCAGAAUUGUGUCAUUCUCCUUUCCAAGUUGAAGCUGUCUAAUGAAGAAAUCCGACAAGCAAUCUUGAAGAUGGAUGAGCAAGAAGACCUAGCAAAAGAUAUGCUUGAACAGCUGCUGAAGUUCGUUCCUGAAAAGAGUGAUACCGACUUGCUGGAGGAGCAUAAACAUGAAAUUGAGCGCAUGGCUCGGGCAGAUCGUUUCCUCUUUGAAAUGAGCAGGAUUGACCACUAUCAGCAGCGACUCCAAGCAUUAUUCUUCAAGAAGAAGUUUCCAGAGAGGCUGGCAGAAGCAAAGCCAAAAGUAGAAGCCAUUCUCCUGGCAUCCAAAGAACUCAUCCGCAGCAAACGUUUGAGGCAACUCCUGGAGGUCGUUCUGGCCUUUGGCAAUUACAUGAACAAGGGCCAAAGAGGAAGUGCAUAUGGCUUCAAAGUCUCCAGCCUGAACAAAAUUGCAGACACCAAGUCCAGCAUAGACAGGAACAUUACACUGUUGCACUAUUUGAUUAUGAUCUUUGAGAAGAAUUAUCCAGAUAUCCUAGAUAUUCAGACUGAAUUGCAGCAUCUUCCAGAAGCAGCAAAAGUCAACCUGGUAGAGCUGGAGAAGGAAGUCAACAAUAUAAAGACCGGAUUGAAAGCUGUUGAAGCUGAGCUGGAUUAUCAGAAGAGACGCAUACGGGAAUCAGGGGACAGGUUUGUUCCCGUCAUGAGUGAUUUCAUCACUGUUGCCAGUUUCAGCUUCUCAGAGUUGGAAGACCUCCUCAAUGAUGCUAGAGACAAGUACGCCAAGGCACUGAAGCAUUUUGGAGAGAAUGAGGGCAAGAUGCAGCCAGAUGAAUUUUUUGGCAUCUUUGACACUUUCUUACAGUCAUUUGCAGAGGCAAAGCAAGAUUUGGAGAAUAUGAGGAAGAAAAAGGAAGAAGAGGAGCGCAGGGCACGCAUGGAAGCCAUGCUGAAAGAGCAGAGGGAAAAAGAGAGGCGUCAAAAGAAAGCGAAAGCAGGAAGCAUCUCUGAAGAGACUGGGGAGUUUGAUGACCUAGUGUCAGCGUUAAGGUCAGGAGAAGUCUUUGACAAGGACUUAUCCAAACUCAAGCGUAAUCGCAAGCGUUCGGGGAACCAAGGCUUAGAGACAAGCCGGGAACGGGUGGUGACAAAACUAAAUUAUUAAUUACAAGAGAAAGAAAAAUAAUCAACCAAAAUAAGUGAAGAAAAAGAGCAAAACAAGGAAGAUGAAUGUGUGCGAUGGCGCCUGGCUGACAGCUGCCCCAAAGGAUUUCUUUGGUCUGUGGGUAGAGACGUUACCUUUCCAUUGAUCAGCUUUCCUCUCAUCCCUCCUCUGCGCUCCUAAUUUGAACCAUUAUAAAAGUGCCUCUGUGGAGCCAGCAGGGUCUGUGACUGGGCCAUGCAGACCUGACAGAUUUGCUUCUGGGAGUUGAUUGUGUCAUGAAAGGCCUCAUGAUGACGACAGAAAGUACUGGGCCUUGCAGACAGCCUUGCAGCUGGAGAAGGAUAAUUUUCUGCGUGCCAAAGUGAAAAUGAACUAUGAUCCGUCUUGCUGAUAAUAAGCAACACUAAUUUCAGAAACAGCUCGGUAAACACCUGUUGCUUUUUCAAUAACUAGACUGGCCUUCGGGGUCUUGUCAAGGUGUGGUUCUUGAGGUUACAAAUUCCUUCCCAGAAUUGGAUUUUAUAAGCCAUUGAUGAUCAGCAUCUGAAAAAUGCUUUUGGUCUCAUGUUCUAUAUAAUGUUUUUGUAUGGCCUGUACUGUCCAAAGCAAGUGAUGCUCAGAAGGAAGUUAUCAGUUCUGGAAGAAAAUGCAAUUUGAAAAUCAGGAUUGAUGUAAAAUACUUUGCCAAAGUCUUUUGGAUUCUGCUUUCCUAUAAACAGUUUUCUGGAAUUCAUUGAUGGUUGAGCCUCAAAGUUCUGAAAUUCAUUUUCUAAGAAAGAAGUUGUGGCUUUUGUUUAGAAAACUAUGCCACUAAUAGGUUGGAAUUUCACCUGGAUGACUGUGGAGCCUGUUGUAAUUGCUGGAGAGUGAGAAAGAAAACAUUUCUUAUCCAUUUAUGCAAGAUUCCUUAGUGCAACCCAAUGGAAAUCGGAAGCUCCUGAGUAUCAUUCAUAGGUCACAAAUUGCAAAAAGCAAAUGGGAUUGCAAGCUGCAAGAAGUGAGAUUUAUUCUCCACUCGAUGCAGGUUGCAACUGCUGUUGGAAUUAACUGGACUUUCUGCAUAACAGGUUGAUUUAUUGCAUGCACCCCAAUCCUAUCUAGGGUAAUCACAUAGUUCAGUAGGAUAUCAAUGUUGUCACAGGAGGACUGUACAGGCCACAGCCUUUUUCAUUUAGAAGGGAUUAGUUAGCAUGAACCAAUGGAAGGUCCCAUACGGAAAACUGAGUUUUUUUUCCAGGAGGACACAAAAUCAUGUAAGUGAAGCAGGCUUUGGAAACGGGUUAAUUCAUAAGAAAAAAAGAAAUUUGUGUUUACACUGCACCUAUGAGGCACACAGUGAAAAAGCAGAGAACCCCAAGAAGAUGCUUGAAUUCUGAAUUUGAUUUAUCUUCACGACUCUAGGAAGAGGAUUCAAUUCUGUGGGCUGCCAUGGCCCUUUUUUGUCUUUUUUUUUUUUUCUUCAAUCCUGUCAUCCCUUUUGAUUAUCAACUCUGGAGAGGGAAAAAGGAAACGAAAGAAAUUGUGAUGGAUUCUUCCUCCUAGACAAGAAGAAGACUUCAUUUGAGAAGAAAGGCCUACCAUUUACAAACUAUGUAUCAACAGUAAACAGCACAAAGUGUCAGGGAAUCCCAGGGAAACAGAAAAAGCUCCAUUAGUCACUUUAAUAUUUUGGUUCUAUUUUUCUAUGAAUGUCACUUAACCUCAGGCUCAGCACUGAGUCUGCAGAAUAGAACUUCUUCGGCCAUACACGCUGCCUGAUCAGUAUUACACACUACCAAUAUUGGAGAAGCCAACAGUGGUGGUUUUCUGAACACUAAAAUAAUUCUGUAAACUAUGGAAAGAAGCAAAAGAUUUAGAAUUGUUAAACUCUAAUGUUUCAUUGUUUACUGAAUUUUGAGACUCCCACCCUACAAUUUCCCUAUUUACGACAUUCCAGACUGCCGCGCCUCUGUAUAAUACUCAUCGUAAAGAGCUGGUAUCUUACAAGAGCUGGGUGCAUUCUCCUCCCUUAUUAUCCCAUUGCCCUUCUGGGAUUAGCUAUUAACAGCAAUAUCCAUUGCAGCAGACACAAGCACCUUGUAGAAGAAAGACUGUAUUUCAUAAUGGUUUUUGAAAGUUUAACUCUCACUUUUAUAAGCAUUUUUAUUUUAAGAUACAAAGUGGAUUUUUAGAAAUGUCUCUUGUAAAUUAUAUUAACAAGCUCCUUGCUGCUCCCCAAAGUAGACAUGCCAUAUCUCAGCCCUUUUUUUUUGUUUGUCUUGUUUUAAAGCAUGCCAUAUAACCCAUGCCAUGUAAGCCAUAUGAGAGGUGUUAAUAUGUGCCAAAUUGGUAUACAGUUGAGUUUAGAUUUUGAUAAUCCCUGAAUUCCAGAGAUGAUUCUUUUAGGGAUUAGAAUGUUGUAGAUUUCCCUCCUCUGUUCUCCUCGGUUUUAGGACUCGCUCAGAAGUUCAAGUGUAGUGCCAGUGCCAAGGUGAGCUCUGGUGCAAGAUGUGACCUGUGUCUCUGUCCAACUUAUGGCUGCUUGCUUGCUCCCCAGGUACUUGUUCAAUAUGGCAGACUGUCAGCAAGGCAGUUCUGUUAUAGAAGAAAUACCUCAGGGCAAAACCCUUGAAUAUAAAUACGGCAUUCCCCACCCCAGUACUUUUCAAACCAGGUUCAUGGAGUGCUUUUUGAAACUGAAAUCACUUUGCCAGGCCAUAAAUGUAGCAAAAGCAGAGAGAGUGAUAAUCUCCCUGUCCAUUUGUGUACACAGUUCAGCCCUGAUAUGAAAAGUUAUAUGAUGGUACGCAGUGCUCCAGUCGCAGUGACAGUCAGAGAAAGCUGCUGUAGCUUUGCCACCCCCUUGAUAUAUACACCAGUAAUAAGAGACUGUGCAAGUCCAAUAAAUCAGUUGUGAGAUACAUUACUGGAACUGACAGAAAGCCCGGAGUCGUGCCCCCGGUUCAUUGCAGCUCAACUUUCUUAGCACUCAAGGGCCCCAGACUUUUGUUUUGAAUUGGUGGUGGUGGCUGAAGGUUUCUUUCAACAUGCUGAACAGUCUCCCCUGGCUGUUCACUGCUUGGUGAAUGUUCAUGAAAAGCACUGUGGAAAAGCUUGGUUACUCACUGAGGCAAGCAGUGAUUUCAUCUAAGUCGUGACAAGCAGAGAGUCCCAUUAAUAUAUCUUCUCUAAGAGAUGAGCGUGGCCACAGCAGAUAAGGAAGAAGUUGGAUCUGCUCUAGGGCCCGACUUCAGAUUUUUUUGCAAAGCCAAGUUCAUCCUUGCUUGGAGUCUCUGGCAUGCUGUGAGUGCAGCUAUGCUCUGUUCCUCAUCUGCAGUUUUGAUUGAGUUGCUAAGUGCUGAAGAAGGCAGGAAAAUCUAAAUCUUUGUCCUCUAGUGCCUCUGUAGCCUGGGCGGGCAUAGCAAGCAGUCAUGAGGCAUAACAUUAAGGCAAAACCUCUAUAUCGUAUUCUGAGGGACAGAGAAGAACUUAAGGUCUGCUGUUGUCUUUGCAGCUGUGCUUAGCACCAGCAUUUUAAGUAGAAGAGGAGGAAAUGUGAAAAAGGUUAUCAUUGAGGGCUUGUUCUACUUUAUACUUUUCCUAGAGAAAUGUAGUUGUUGCUAAUUAUAUGAUGAAGUUCUUCACACCUAGAAGAGGAGGUACUUUCUAAUUCUCCAAACCUUGUCUGUAGAGAUCUAGUGCUUCUUCACUUACCUGUGUGUCUUUGCAUUGUUCUUAAGCAGAUUGCAUUAGGAUGACCCCUGAAGAGACUGCAGAACUUCCCCCCACACACACCCCACUCCCUUGUAGACUUUGUCACUCUUCUCAGUUGUCCGCAAGUCUCUGAAAAUGCUACAAAGUGACUUCAGGGCAGCAAGGCCCUUCCAUGCUUUGCAGCACAGCUAUGGUCCGGGCACUGGUUCCCUACAAGAGCAGAAGCAGGACUAAUAUUCAGGGAUGAGAGAGUCUCCACUAGAGAGACAGCUUGGGCAUCCUUCAGAAGCAUUUCUGUAAUGUGUUCACAAUGUCUGAGGAAGGGGAAGGCAUCGUGAGGGGCCCUGAUGGAAGGCUGUGGAGCAGGUGUUUCUGUAAUGGUCAGCUCCAUUGGCUGAAUCUUCCCUCUUUUUUAAGAAAGCUCGCACUCUGAGCUGGGUUGCACGGGAGAAGCUUGUGUCAGGAGUUUCCUUGAGGGGAAAGGAGAUCAGUUGUACAGUUGAUGAUGUACAUGAUAUAUGCAGUUUUGUUUCUGGGUUGGUUGUUUUGUGUUUGUUUGUUGUUCUGUUUUUUUUUUCUUUUUUGUUUGGGGGUUAAAUGAUUUUUUUUUUUAUGGUUUUAGGAAUCUUUAAGGGGAACCUGUAAAUCUGACACCUCUAUUUAUUUUGCCUUAUUUUAGUUUGCUAUGUUUGUAUGUAUACACUGCAUUACAGCAAAGACUCUUGAGACCGUGCCAGGGCAUUACACCAGCUAGACAGCUGGCGUGGCCAUUCUGCAGCAAGCUGAGCAGGGUGUGGGGUGGGGUGGGGUGGGGGGGGAGCAGCCUUGGUGUGGGAAGGGAGGCAAGGAAGAACUUCACUUUUGCUUUCAUAGGACUCACUGUGCCCUAAUAAUAAUGGACUUGGGAAAGCAUGUCUUUUAAAGCAUGUGGUGAAUUGAUGCAAUUAGGUUGUUUCAGAAUACUUUCUAAAAACAACUGUUUUCUUGUAAUGAAUCAUGGUGGGAAUAUAUUGAGAAGAGUUAAGCUACACAGUUGCUAACUCAAAUUUCAACCUCCAACUCAAAUUCUGCGCAUAAUGCCAGAGAAGCUCAAAUAGAUGUAAGAGCAUGGAUCAUACUCUUACCAGAGUUUAUGUGUUGGUGAGACAAACUGUGACAGGCCAAGGAAGAAAGGAUUCUCUCUGAUUCCCCUCUUUCCUUCUCCAUUCUACUUCCUCAGAGUAUCCAGGGUAAGCAGCAUUCUUUGGCUGUUUGGUCUUCUCUCUGUGGAGUCUCUAGCAAUAAUACAUGUUUAGCCACAGCUCUGGCUUCUGUGCUGAACAAGAAAGAUUUCUAGCUGCCUGCCAUUCAAACACUUAGCUGCUGUUGGCCACUCAUACUUUUCCUUAUCAAAGUUGGAAAACGCCAACUUAGGUAAUACAACUUGGCCAACUGAAAAUAUAGUUGUAGAUAUUAAAGCUAUUUACUGCUCUGAGUAGUUUGGAUGACCAGAUUCUCCUAAAGCUGGCCAGAUCAUGCUGAGAAGGAUGUCAUUAGCUUAGAAAGGUGUUAUGGCACCUCAUUUUGAGUCUGGAUGCUUAAUAGAUAUUCCAAACCAGUCUUCUGAUGCUGGUGUUAAUGUGGAAUAGAUCCAGUAUAUACACAGUACAGUGUUUAACACCAACAUUAUUUAAAGCAACAUCCGGAUCAGAACUCCCCUUUUAAACAGCUUUAGCUGUUGAGAAGAUGUUCUACAGGGCUUUCAAAGGGCUUGGUCCUUUCAGCUGUCCGACAGUUGGAGCUCUCACUCAACUGAUCUAGGAAAGCCUCUAUGAUAUGCUACUGACAACCCAUGACCUCUACACUUCUCCCCAUCUUCAGACUUGCCCCUAAACACUCUCUUUAAAAAUCUUUGCUGUUCUAGAAUUGUAGGAGGACAUCAGGUACCUGAGCCACGCUCAACGCUUCUCCCUUCCGAACUGUAUUCAGCCAUUCUCCUCCCCUGCCAGCCUGCUCAGUUUGAAACUUGCAGAUCAGUUUUGGAGGUAUCCCUGCCUGCUGAGCUGGAAAGUAUAGUGCUGCUUACUGAUGUGGGAGGUUGUGUGCUGCUGUAAUGCCUUGGCGUAUCCUCAUUUCUUAGUCAAUUUAAGACUAUAAGUGAAUUAAAUGUACAAAUCCUGUAGUGUCCUUUUUAUCUGUAUCUUUUUAUAAGAAUAUACUGUAAUACUAAAAAACAAAAGCAAAAAAAUUAAAGAUAUAUUGCCCCCA